CAUUGUGGGAGUAUCCGGCUCCUCUGCAGCACCAGGGACAGCUCCGGGGGGACCAGGGACACCCGCCGGACACCGCCCGGUAGUCCAGCCACGGCAAGAAAAGCACAGUCAAUGUCUCUAUUAGGUCGGGGGCAGGGCGGAUCCUGUCUGGGUGGCCCAUGCAGUGUCUAGCAGCUGUAAUCAGGGACGACGGAAACAUGAGUGGAGGAGCAGAGCAAGUGGACAUCCUGCCGGUCAGCUAUGUGGUAAAGGAUCGCUGGAAGGUGCUAAAGAAAAUUGGUGGUGGUGGAUUUGGGGAGAUCUACGAGGCAAUGGACUUACUGACUCGGGAAAAUGUCGCUCUAAAAGUAGAAUCAGCGCAACAACCAAAACAAGUUCUGAAGAUGGAGGUGGCCGUGCUAAAGAAGCUGCAAGGGAAGGACCAUGUCUGCAGGUUCAUCGGCUGUGGAAGAAAUGAGAAGUUUAACUAUGUGGUGAUGCAGCUACAGGGUCGGAAUCUGGCAGACCUGCGCAGAAGUCAACCUCGCGGCACUUUCACCAUGAGCACCACGCUGCGUCUCGGCAAGCAGAUCCUGGAGUCGAUAGAUUCCAUCCAUUCUGUGGGCUUCCUGCACCGCGACAUCAAACCGUCUAACUUUGCCAUGGGGCGCCUUCCGUCCACCUACAGGAAGUGUUACAUGUUGGACUUUGGCCUGGCGCGGCAGUACACCAACACCACUGGGGAAGUGCGGCCGCCCCGCAAUGUCGCCGGAUUUAGAGGGACAGUCCGCUAUGCAUCCGUCAAUGCGCACAAGAACAGGGAGAUGGGCAGACAUGAUGACUUGUGGUCCUUGUUUUAUAUGUUAGUGGAAUUUGCAGUUGGUCAGCUGCCAUGGAGAAAGAUCAAAGACAAGGAACAAGUUGGGAUGAUUAAGGAGAAAUAUGACCAUCGAAUGCUGCUGAAACACAUGCCUUCCGAGUUCCACCUUUUCCUGGAGCACAUAUCUUCUCUGGACUACUUCACCAAGCCUGAUUAUCAGAUGAUUAUGACCGUGUUUGAGAACAGUAUGAAGGAGCGAGGAAUUACAGAGAAUGAGGCCUUUGACUGGGAGAAGGGUGGAACAGACAUCUUACUUUCCACCAGCACCUCCACCCCACCGCAGCAGAACACCCGGCAGACAGCUGCCAUGUUUGGGGUGGUGAAUGUGACUCCAGUGCCGGGGGACUUAUUGAGGGAAAACACUGAAGAUGUCCUACAAGGAGAGCACCUUAGUGACCAAGAGAACGCCCCUCCCAUCCUUCCUGGCCGGCCGCUAGAUAUCACCGGACAGAUCCCCAACACCGGCUUCAAUGAUACCGAGGUCUGGGAGGAGACCGACGUGAAUCGGAAUAAGCUAAGAAUCAGUAUCAGUAAGACACAGUGCCUGAUGGAUGACGAUCACAGCCGCCAUGGAUGUCCCAGCUCCCCUGUCCGGGCUCCUCCCGAGUCCCCCACUACACAGGCGCGCUCUCUCCAUUACCGGCGAGUCAACAGUCCUGAGUCUGACCGGCUAUCCACAGCGGAUAGAGGUGACCUUCCGGAGAGGAGAUCCCGCAUGGACCUCCCUGCUUCUCCAUCCCGCCAGGCGUGUUCAUCGCAGCCCGCUCAGAUGUUGUCCAUAGACACAGGUCAGGUUGACCGGCAAGCUAGCGGCCGCAUGGAAGUCUCAGCAUCUGUGGAGCAUGAAGCCCUGAGCAAUGCCUUCCGCUCGGUCCCACUUGCUGAGGAGGAGGACUUUGACAGUAAGGAAUGGGUCAUCAUAGACAAAGAGACCGAGCUGAAGGACUUCCACCCAGGAGCAGAACCCACCACCUCGGGGACAACAGAUGAAGAACCUGAGGAGCUCCGGCCUUUAGAUGACGGGGAGGAGAGGAGAAAGACUGUAGGCGGAGAUGCUGCAGUAAGGCCUAAAAUGCAUGACGCUCGGCCUCGAACCAUGCAGACUGUAGCUGAGGAAGAGACCUCCUCCCGACAUGAAGGUUCUGAUGGUAGAGCGGAUGUUCCACCUGCGAGUCCAUCACACUCCCAUUCGGCAUCACGACAACGGAGGAGGGAGUCUGACCCCACAGGACCUCAGAGACAGGUCUUCAGCCUGAAGCACUUUGAUAUUGUUGGAUUGCCCAAGGUGGUGCCUUUAAAUCUGUCAUACCAAGACUUCAAGAAAGAUAUUUCGGAUAGUAAGGAAAUGCUGCGUGUUCCUCACCGGAUUAAAAGGGUGGACUUCUCCAGUGUGGUCUUGCCAGCCAUGCAUCCCACAGAACCCCACAUCAUCAUCAAUGGCAAGUACCCAAGAGAGGAGGAGGCUGAAGAAGAGACCGAGGAGGAAGAGGAGGUUGAGUUUCUAGGCGAAGACCUCCAUAGUGGGUCAAGCAGCGAAGUCAGUCAGAAGAGCACGGAACGCAGUCAGGAAGGGGCUCCCUCUACACUACUGGCAGAUGAUCAAAAGGAUUCAAAAGGCAGAGCUUCCACAGCAGAGAAUGACUUAGAAUUAGAAGAAGGAUCAAAGACCUUAGUACUGUUUUCCCCCGGAGAUAUGAAGAAGUCACCGGUUACCAAUGAACUGAUGCCGGACGUUGACUUGGGAACUCUCAAUGCGCUGACCCCCCAAGGGGAGAAACCCCAGCCUACUGGCAGUCAAUUAGAUGUGUCUGAACCAUGGACUUUAUCUUCCAUUCUGAAAUCAGAACCCAAACCACCAAGCACAGCUGCUGCCGCUACCGCCUCCUCCCCUUUUACCAAAGUUGAACGCACAUUUGUUCACAUUGCUGAAAAGACGCACUUAAAUGUUAUGUCUUCCACUGGGCAGCUGAUAAGGCUGGAGGACACUGCCAUCCCUGGGCAGUUGGAUGAGCCCAUUAUUGAGGAGGAAAUUGAAGAGUUUGCUGUGCAAAAAGAUAACGGUGCCAUGAACUCUUUUGUAGAAACAGCCGAAGUUGACAGCUACGCUGUCUCGACAAGUAAUGUAGAUGUUGAAGUGGAGUUCCAGGCCAACCAACUUGCUGCUAAUGGAGUAAGCAAGUCUGAAGAGCUGCUGGGGAAGGACACCACGGACCUUGUAUUCAAAGAUGAUAACAAGCAGGGAAAGAUUGUGCUUCCCACCGAUCGCCUUAAUGAAACCGAUGUUGGUAAGAGUGUGACCCAAGCUAUGGGGAUUCGCUUUAAAAGUCGUAUUCCUGUUUUCCUAUCGGAGGAAGAAACAGGAUCAGAUAAGUCGAUGUCGCAUUCUGCCAAAGAAAGGUUCCACAAGAGGACAAAGCAGAUAGACCUGGCGCGCCUUGUAAUGGAGAAGAGGCAGAUGCGGUUGCAGAGGUUGGCCUCGGUAGGCUCAUCUUCUGCUUCUUCUAGCGAUGAAAGGAGGAGAACAUCCGAAACACUGUCCACUGCAGGAUCUGAGGAAGACACACAUGAGUCAGAUGACUCCAUCCCAAGGAAAGCUGCUAAGGAGAAAGUAAUCUCCAUGAGGAAGGAAGAGAUGACGUGUAAUACUAGAAGCAGAAUUCCUCGCCCCAUCACCCCCAUAAAGGAUAUACGUUCUAUGCUCCCACCUUCUGCAACUGUCAGCAAGCUGAAAGAAACUGCAGUGACACAGAGGUAUCCGCUUCCACGAGCAGCCACAUGUGCCACCAUCGGCCUCUCUCCUGACCACAAACCCAAAGCACUUCACAUGCGGCUACCCCCGCUUUCCAGUCCAACACCUUCAAGAACCAAUGUAAGGAGGGUCAGCCGCGGGCCACCAAAAAGCCCAGCGGUCGCGUCCCGAACACUCAGCGCUUCUCCGCGUAGCCAGUCCCUCUCCAGAACUGAAAGCCCAUCUCCGUCCAGACAGAGGAGACCAGUUGCCACCACUUCCCGCUUCCACCCUCCUCCUAAACUUCCGGCUAGAGCGCAGGUCCCGGGAGAGUGUCCAGCGACCCCUGCUGCCACAAGGAAGGGACAGAGACUGAAGGUCCAAGUGCCGAACUUGGCCACCAAAGCACAGCAGGGCGCUAGCGAUGCCAGAGGAACGGGCAGAUAAUGGGUGGCAGGAUACAAUCUGGUAAAAGAGCCAUCUCUACCGUCACUCUGGCUCAGUCAGGGAACAUCGUGCAUCAUUCAACCUGUAAUACGCAAUACACACACACACACACACAUGCUAGAGGUGGAUCCCACAAGCAGGAAAGCAUUACUAGCCAGGGUGCCGCCAUCUUCUCUUGUUUUAAAUUUGGCACGGCUGGGUGUAUCUACAACAUUUCUCUGAACGAAUGCCAGUAAGCGCUAUAGAUUUAUCCGCCCUCAUCCACUGUGUGAAGCCGCUAACUCGAGUUCUACAGAUCUCCAGCUGAAGGGCAGUGACGCAAUCAC